UUUGGCAUAAAAAUUUAUGGAUCCAGAAGCACAUUGCAAAGUGACUUUGUGAAAGCCUUUACUAAAUUAACGAACCACACAAUUUUUAGUAGCAAAUUAUGCACAGGAUGAUAAACAUACUUUAAUUAACCAGUUGUACAUAUACCGGUAAACCGCUUACCCAAUUUUGUUUUACAUUCAAUUUUGUCCACGGGCAUUACAGUACACACCUGAAGCAGCCUUCGGUGAAUGCGAAAUUAGUGGUUACUUUUCGAAUUUACGUAAUUGGUUAAUCUAGUUCCGCAGCUGACUUGAAUAGCUCUGUUGUGCAAGUAACGGAGUUCAGUUGGCGUAUCUUCUGGGAGUGCGUGAUCUCCCAAUUUGAUUGCAGUAAUUUUGCUGCUUUUGCACUUGCAACUAUUUUCGUAAAUUUGAUUUCAUUUGGGCUGUCAGAAACGUAUGGCGAAUCCUGGCGUGGUAAAUCAGUGGACGUGGACGGGAAGCGAGUUACUCUCUGCCUAUGUGCCAACCGUAGCAGUGACAGUGGUUGGUCUGAUUAGUUCGUGGAAGUUUUACAAGUGGUAUAGUCGAGCCACGGAUCGUAAUGCACGUGCCCAUCGUCUGCUGCAGAAAGCCAAAUCAUCUCCGGGAGAACUUCCGCUUGUGCGGCCAAUAACGAUGGGAGGCGAAGAGGCUUUCAGGAACUACAUUCGUUCGUCGAGACUGAAUAAGGAGCUCAAGGACGCCUUAUGUCGGGAUGGCGUAUUCAUAGGCAACCCUGAAUAUGUUGUGAGCCUUCUGGAAAAAAUGAUCGCAGAUGGUGGUGAACGUUUCCAAGUUGUUAGCGACUUUGAUGCAACUCUCACCAGAUACCAUCGCGAAGGGAAGCGCUGCGAUACUUCAUAUGGGAUUCUGGAUACAAACCAGCGUAUGCCCUCGUGGUUUAGGGAAGAGUGCGACAAAUUAAGGAAAAAGUACUACCCUAUUGAACUGGAUCCCCUGUUAUCGGUGGAAGAAAAAGUGCCUCACAUGCGAACCUGGUGGACGAGGGCGCAUGAUCUGCUGAUUAAGGUUAACUUCGAGCUGUCCUGGCUGAGUAAGAUGGUUCAGGAAUCUUCGGUUGAGCUCAGAGAGCGCACGGGUGUUUUAUUUGCAAUUAUCGAUCACUGUGGAAUUCCUUUGUUGAUCUACUCGGCAGGAAUUGGUGAUAUUAUUCGAGAGGUGCUUUCGCAGAAGUGCACGUUCAAGGCUUUCCAGCAGCAACCGCUUAUCGUGGCAAAUUAUAUGCGAUUCAAUAACAGGGGAUUAUUAGAAGGAUUCAGCGAAGAGCUUAUUCACACUUUCAACAAAAAUGAAAUCUUUCCUCACCAUCGAGACUAUUUUACCAAACAUGAAAAACGGAGGAAUGUUAUGCUAAUGGGAGACAUGUUGGGAGAUCUCCGUAUGGCGGAUGGCAUGCGUGCCAAAGAAAACGUUAUCACAAUCGGAUUUUUGAAUUCCAAGGUGCAGGAUUCGUUCCCUCUAUAUCGAGACAGUUUCGAUAUUGUCCUCAUGGACGAUCAGACCAUGGAUAUACCGAUUGCUGUAGUGGAGAGUGUCAUCCGAUCGGCGGGUUAAAUAGCAGCAGCGACAUUGUUCCUGGUUUCUGGUGAAUGGCUGAUCCGGAACAUCCGCCCGGUUUCUUUACCGUUUGUUUCGGUUGAAUUUUGACUUUUUGAUCUGAUUCGGUAGCGUUGUAGUGGCUAUUUUCGGUUCGCUUAUGUGGUUUUCUCCGAUUGUUUUGUUGGUUUUCUGAGUUUCUGUCACUGAAAUUCUUCCUGCAAACUUUCACACAAAUAUUAAUCGAAUUAACUCAUGUGCCCAAGAAAAAAACCUACGGUUC